GCGCAGGCCGCGGGGCCCGAGCCGGGGGGAGGGGGCGAGCGGAGGCGCCGAGGAUCCAGUUCACUCGCUGGGGAGACCUAUGGGCCGAAGCCGUGUAAAUGCGUUUUAAGCAGGGGCCUCGGCUCCGCAACUGCCACUCCUCCUUGGGGUGUUGCACAAGUUUCGAGGUCACCGGCGACCCCCCCUAGCAGCGCGCCUGGCUCUGGCCCCCGCGAAGGAGGACGGAGCUUGUGUGUUGCAUACUUUCUAAGGCGGCCCGGGCGGCGGCUCCAUCCAGCCCAUCGGCUCCUCCUCCUCGGCAUGGCUGGCUACUUGAGCGAAACAGACUUUGUGAUGGUGGAGGAGGGCUUCAGCACCCGAGACCUGUUGGAGGAGCUCACUCUGGGGGCCUCACAGGCCACCGCGGGUGAUGUUGCUGCCUUCUUCGUGGCCGACCUGGGUGCUGUGGUGAGGAAGCACUUCUGCUUCCUGAAGUGCCUGCCUCGAGUCCGGCCCUUUUACAUGGUCAAGUGCAACAGCAGCCCAGGUGUGCUGAAGGUCCUGGCCGAGCUGGGGCUGGGCUUCAGCUGUGCCAACAAGGCCCUGAGCCUCCUCACCAUCACCUUUGGGACCCCACAGGCAGAGAUGGAGUUGGUCCAGCGUAUUGGCGUCCCUGCCAGUAAGAUCGUCUACGCCAACCCCUGUAAGCAAAUCGCACAGAUCAAAUACGCUGCCAAGCAUGGGGUCCGGCUGCUGAGCUUUGACAACGAGGCGGAGCUGGCUAAGGUGGUAAAGAGCCACCCCAGUGCCAAGAUGGUUCUGUGCAUUGCCACUGAUGAAUCUCACUCCCUGAGCCCCCUGAGCUUCAAGUUUGGAGCGUCGCUGAAAUCCUGCAGACACCUGCUUGAAAAUGCCAAGAGGAGCCACGUGGAGGUGGUGGGGGUGAGUUUUCACAUUGGCAGUGGCUGUCCUGACCUUCACGCCUACACUCAGUCCAUCGCAGACGCCCGGCUUGUGUUUGAAAUGGGCGCUGAGCUGGGCCAUGGGAUGCACAUCCUGGACCUUGGCGGUGGCUUCCCUGGAUUGGAGGGGGCCAAAGUGAGAUUCGAAGAGAUUGCUUCUGUGAUCAACUCAGCCUUGGACCUGUACUUCCCAGAGGGCUGUGGCGUGGACAUCCUUGCCAGGCUGGGGCGUUACUAUGUGACUUCGGCCUUCACCUUGGCAGUCAGCAUCAUUGCCAAGAAGGAGGUUCUUCUGGACCAGCCUGGAAGGGAGGAGGAAAAUGGCUCCACCCCCAAGACCAUCGUGUACCACCUCGGUGAGGGCGUGUAUGGAAUCUUCAACUCAGUCCUGUUUGACAACAUGUGCCCUACCCCCAUCCUGCAGAAGAAAUCAUCCGCGGAGCAGCCCCUGUACAGCAGCAGCCUGUGGGGCCCUGUGGCCGAUGGCCGUGACCGUGUGGCUGAGGGCCUGUGGCUGCCGCAACUACACGUAGGGGACUGGCUGGUCUUUGAGAACAUGGGCGCCUACACCGUGGGCAUGGCUUCCCCCCUUGGGGGGACUCAGACCUGCCGAGUCACCUAUGCCAUGUCCCGGGUGGCCUGGGAAGCACUUCGAGGGCAGCUGCUGCCUGCAGAACAGGAGGAGGAUGCUGAGGGCAUGUGCAAGCCUCUGUCCUGUGGCUGGGAGAUCACGGACACCUUGUGCGUGGGCCCUGUCUUCACCCCGGCGAGCAUCAUUACCUACCAGCACUCGCCACCCUCCAUUACAUGUUCUUCUGUGCAUCAUCUGUCAGCGCCUCCAGAAUGUGAGCUUGGCAGCAGGAACUUUACUUUUUUCACUGCUAGGUCUUCACUACUCAGAACAAAGAAGCGUUAUGUCUCGGAAAAUACGUGGGAUAUUCUUACAGAGGGACGUUACUUGUGGAGGGAUGACACCGAAAUUCAGCUCUACUGAGCGUCCUGCAUUGUAUUUACUAACGCUGGUAACCUUACUCUGUCUCGGUUUCGCUUUCCCCAUCUGUGAAACGGAGAUACUUCUGCAAGACCGGCCUCGGGGGCUCCAAGGGCGGAGCAGCUGCCCCCCCGCCCCCGGGCGGUCCCUCUGCUAAGUCGUGCGCGAGCACGCUGGUCUCGGGAGAGUUUCACGCCGAGUGACUACGUGCAAGGAGCUCAGUUUUCUCACUGAACAAACGAGACCGCCGAGGGCGGAAACCACUCCCUCCGCCACCGCCUCACGGAACCUCAAACGCCCGGCUGCCAGCCGCGGCGGCGCGGAUUUCCGGUAGCGUGACGUCCCUUCCGUGCCAGACAGCCUCCUAGGCUUCGAGCCCUGCGCUCUCGCGCUCUCUGCCGGCCCGGAGGAGGAGCUGACCUUACCAAACGGAAGAGAGAGCGGAGUCCAUUGGUUGAAAGACCGACGCAGCUACCAGCCUCCACCAAUGGAAAACCGAACCUUCGCCGCGGGCGGGGCUCGCACAGGAAAGGGGUCAGCCCGGGACGAAAGCGGCGUGGGAAGGCGGCUACCUGGACUCCGCCGGGCGUGAAAGGCUCGAAGUAACACCGGAAGUGGGUUUGUUUCCACCAGCUACUUCCGCCUCACUUACAAAGUGGGAGGAUCCUAGAGGAAAAGGACCCGAUUGCUGUGGGGUGCUUGGAGGCUCGUCUCAGGUGUCCUCUCUGCCCACCCAUUUCAUACCCGGGAGAGACACCUGAUGAGUUCACGCGGAAAAUCAGGGACUUUGAACGAAUUCCUGACCUGGAGGCCAAGCUGUUUUUACGUUUUAAAUAAUAAAGAGUACUAACUGUG